AUGAUUCUGAUUAUAUGUACUUUUGGGAAUCCUUACUCAUCGGCGAUAUCGAAGCGGCGACAGCGAUUUACAGUGAAAACCCGGAUUUUCAGCAGCGGUGCAUCGGCGAAGAAGACAUCGACGACAGAGAACGCGACAAGUAAAGAUUCACAAUUGAAAAUGGACAUCACACUUCCUACGCUCAAAUACAAGAUGGAGAAGGAACCAGUGAGUGCGUUCAAGGCCAUAGAUAAGUACCCAGACUUCAAAUAUAUUGCCAAGGUGAAGGAGAUACUCGGGCCUGAGCAAUUUAAGAGAAUCAAAGACUCUUUCUUGGGUCCGGAUGGGCAUUCACCCGACGACCUGAUAGAACUCAUGAUCGAAGCCGGAGAAGAUGCUCAUGGUGAGAGGUUUUCUUUGGCUAUGAUGCUGCUCAUAGAGACAAUUUUUCUUCAUAGGUAUUCGAAGGCUAUGUUCCCAACAUCUAAUCUACAAAAAGCGCAACACAUGGAUAAGACUGUGAAGAACAAUCUAGAAAAGUCCAAGUACCCUCUGGACGGGUUCCCUUUUGCGCUUCACCUAUGGAUUUUGGAAUCCGUACCCAAGCUUCAGUCUGCUUUCUCUACCAUUGACAAAACAGUCCUGCCCACAGCUUUUUUGUGUGUGAAAUACCUUCACACAAAAUCUCCUCCCAUCAAAUCUGUUCUUAGCAUAGAAGGAGAAAGCGAUGUGAGUGUGGUACACAUCCUUCCGAAAAUACAUGGUGACCUCGAAGACACCAUGUUUUUGCAAGACAAAGACGAUGAAGAUCUGCAUUCACUUGUGGAUCUGUUGGACAAAUGUUUCGAGCUGACGCAUGAUCACUGGAGAAGAGGAGUUUUGAAGAGAGACGAUGCAUUGCAAUACAUUGCAUCGCAGUCAUAUCGCUAUCCCCAUUCAGAAAGAGCGAGAAAAAACUCCAGAGCUUCUUCUUCAGACGAAUCAGUAAAGGCAAAGAUGAACAAGCUCAUAGAGAUGUUCGUAGAUGGACAGACACAUAUCCGUUCUCGAUUAUCAAAAAUUGAACAAAAGCUGGGAAUACAUGAUCCUUCCGAUUCAAUUGAUGAGACUGUUAUUGGUUUUUCGUUGAAGAAGCUUACUCAUGUGGACGUAUCAACAGGUUUAGACGCCACUGGUUCGCGACGGAAUGAUUCGCUAAAUCAGAUGAACCAAAAUGUGGUAGAAGGGAGAGGCAAAUCACAGCGGGUGCCCCACACACAGAUGGGGAAAGAUAAGGUGUCCAUACCACUGGAUCAAGAGAGACGCAAAUCACAGCGGGUACCCCAGACACCGAUGGGAAAGAAUAAGGCUUCCAUACCACUGGACAAACAAACUGAAUGCGUUCCUGAAUCUAUGCUAAAUGUUCCUAACACAAAAAGUUGGCGUUCCAGGCACCGGACCGACGUUUUGGCACUCACGCAAGACGUUGAUGCCUACCACGAUAACCACUGGUGCAGAGGGUAUGUUCAAGCGCUUCUCGAUGGUCCAAAAGUUUGUAUCCACCUUCAUCAUGUCGAGAAAAACCUUAAGUUCCAAAUUGGUGACGUAAGGAUUCAUAGAGAAUGGGUGGACGAAGCGUGGGAUCCUCCUGUGGAUGUGGAUAUACAGAAAAACGCAGAGACGUCUGCUUUGCCCACCAGAGUUGAAAACAUUUCAGAGGAACUCUGUGAUCAGGCAAACGUAAAUGAUCAGGAACUUAAGGAGGAUUCUCCAGACGAGAUAAUCCGAAGUGUCAUAAGUGCUUACACCGUAUCAGAAAAUGAUGAUGGAAAUGAUGGAAUGAAUGAAAAUGAGACACAAACAAAGAAGCUAAAAACUAAAAAGACAGAGAAGAGGCCCCAUAAUGAAGAUGAUCUUCCGGCUAAUAAGAAGAAGAAGAAGGGUGAGGAGAAGUCAGAAAAGUCUAAGGGGAAGAGCGCACAGGUGGCCGAACAAUGUACAGCUACAAUAGAUCCAUUUCAAUCGCCGAAAAUGGAUAAGUUGACAGCCUAUAAGGAGUGGUUGGAGAAGGGAGAGACAGCAAGAAUUGGUGAUAUGGUUGCUACUGCAACCUUGUUCUGGAAUAUGGAGAAUCCCGAAGCUCGUUUUCGUGAUACGAAUAUUCUUGGUUACUCUGACUCCAUGUUCUUGCAGGAAAUAAAUGCAGUGUUGAUGAUGUUGCAAAAGAAAAGAGAGGAACAUGGCGCAUAUUUCAAUAACGACAAAUUCCCUAGAGCUGCAUUCUGCAAAACAGACUUUUUUUAUGAGCUGUUACAAUGCCACGACAAAUUCGAGAGGUAUCGAACCAAAUUGCCAUUCCUUGAUAGUGUUACAAACAUUGUAAAGGGAACAGUUUUCCCGCACAAGAAGUGGAAGAAAGAUGUAGAUGUCGUCUAUGGAGUCAUUAAAUCCAUGGUUCCCCACAGGAUUGGAGUGGAAAUUAAUUUUAAGAGCUGCCAAGUGGAGAAUUUCUCGUGCAAUAGUCUAUGGGAGAAGAAAGGAGUAGUCUUGGAUAUUGUUAGGAGGAUAGCAGAUAUGAUACCUACCCUCCUCGGCAUUGCUGAGAACAAAAAGCCAAAGAGAUAUCUGGAACCAUUCAAAGUCGUCCAUCACAUUGAAGAAGAGUUUUCCUUGUCCAAUAUAGGUUUCUGGGUGACUGACUGUCCCGUGUAUGUCGUCAAGAUGGUCGAGUGUCGAUCAUUUGGGGGAAAAACCCAGAGAGCGCUCUUAAACCCGUGGAGAACGGCGACGACUCUCUUCGCGAGGAUUCACACAAAUUUUACACCUUUUUCGACGAUUGACCCAAAACUGCCUAGGAAGAAUUUUAAGGCCAUAGACCAACACUCGAAAACAUCAUACAUUGAGCAAGUCAAAGAAAUACUGGGGGAAGUGCAGUUUAAUAGGAUCAUGAAUUCUUUUUUGGGGGCUCUCCUGAGAUUGAGCUCAAAGAAGAUGCUAAUGUCAGGGAAAAUGAUCCAUGUUUUCUUGACAAGGAGUUUAAUAAGGAAGAAGAGCAAUGAGCUUUGGUUCCAUUUUGGAUCGCAUCCUUUGAGAUUCUCAAUAAGAGAGUUUGAUAUGGUCACUGGAUUAAAGUGUUCCAUUUGGACUCCUCAAGCUGCUCCAGAAGCAAGUGUUUAUGAUUGGGAUGGUUUGAAGACAGAGUCUCACUCAACUGAAGACCUGAUCGAUAAGAUGCUCAGGGCUGUAAAAGAUGCUUAUGAUGAAAAGUUUUCCUUAGGGAUGUUGGUGCUGAUAGAGUCUCUGCUCUUUGGGAGAUACAAGGAGUACAAUUUUCCGGGAAGUUUCAUAGAGAGAACGCAAGACAUGAAGACUCUGAUGAACUAUCAUUGGGGGAGGAAAGCGUAUGAGUUGCUCUUGUCAUCAAUCAAGUCAAGGGUGCCUUCGCAUUUGGAUAAAGCGAAGUAUGUUCUUCAGGGUCACUGUUUUGCCUUCCACUUGUGGUUGCUAGAGUCGGUCCCUAUGCUACAGACUGCCUUCUCAUCAGUCAGCAACAGUAUUUCGUCCUAUACCUUCUUAUGUGAGAAGUACCUUUACACAACAUCUCCUUCAAUAAACCAAGUUCUCACCAUAAAAAGAUCACCUGAUGUGAUCUUCAAAUUGUCUGCUCUAUCAAAUGAUGCUGAGGACACAGUCUGCAUGGAAGACGAAGAUGAUUAUGACCUUGAAGAACUUGCUGAAGUUCUUACAAGAGGCUACUCUCUGAGCUUAGGAGAUUGGGUAAAUAAAAAACUUUAUCUAGUUGAUGCGCUAGAGUCCAAUGGAUUAAUCUCUGUCAUGGUUCAUAAUGCCGAGACUUUUGAAGCUUCAAGUUCGGCUUUUAAUAUGGGGGCAGAGAUACCAACUUCUUCGCAUUCAAUGAUUAUGGGAAAGCUGGCCAGUAUCAUUCUAAUGGUUAAAGAAAGUAACCUUAUGAUCUUUGAUCGAUUGCAUAAGAUAGAAGAGAAGCUGGGAAUAGAUUGGGAAGAUGAAGUUACCGAAUCCGAAGGUGGUUACCAGAGAACACCUAUGCACAAGGGGAGCUCAGCAACGGGUGUAGCUGACGAUGUUUACUCAACUGAAGAGGAUAACUCAAGUGAAGACAAAAACAUGGAUAAUACACAAGUUCAAGAUAGUCAACCAACACAGAAGAUUCCCCAAGGUGCCACACAUGAGCUUCUGAAUAUAGAGAUGAUUGAAUCUCAUGCAUCUGAGGGAGAUCAAAAAGAAGCGCUAAUACAAGCCAAAAAUAGUCAACCAACAAUACUUGAAGGGACACCAACACAGCAGAUCCCCACAACACAAGAAAUACCUGAAGCUGAGGGAGACCCAGUACAGGUGUCAACACAUGAGAUAUUUUUUACUGCUGAGCUAAGGAAGUUUUUCCUUGAAAAUAGUGAAAAAGAGUGGGCAGAUUCAAAUUCGGAGAAACAAGAUACUCAACUGAUACUGUCCCUUACUACCACAGAGCCAAUCAGUGACGAAGAUGUUACUCACAAGAUGAACAAUGAUGAGACAACUGAGAGUAGCAAAGAACAGGAGAUAGCCCAAACACAGAUGGAAAAGGAUGAGAGGACCCAACCAAUGGAGGAGCAACAAACUGUACAAACCCCGCCUGUGAUAUGGACAUCCACGGAGACGGUUGGAGGCACCGAACCCGCGGAGAUGGACAAUGAUGAUGGGAGCCAAGAAAAGGAUGAGACUACAGUUCAAACCCCGCCUGUGAUAUCGACAUCCACGGAGACAGUUGGAGGUACUGAACCCACAGAAGUUGACAAUGAUGAUGGGAGCCAAGAAAAGGAUGAGACUAUAGUACAAACCCCGCCUGUGAUAUCGACAUCCACGGAGACGGUUGGAGGCACUGAACCCACGGAAGUUGACAAUGAUGAUGGGAGCCAAGAAAAGGAUGAAACUACAGUACAAACCCCGCCCGUGGAUACAUCCACGGAGACGAUUGCAGGCGCGGGACAAACAGAAGUUGACAAUGGUGAUGGGAUCCAAGAAAAGGAUGAAGCUACAAUAAAAAAAAUCAGUAUUCUUUUGCAUUUUGAUAUUUUAAAUGUUAAGGGAACACAUUCUAUGGCUAUUGUUUUAUGGCAACCAUCACCAAGCGGGGCGGGAAAUCAGACGGAUGAGGUUGCUUCGGAGAAGAGGGGAUUAUCCUUUCAGAAGGAUACAGCGUGUGUUGUUACUAUGGAUACAAGUGCUAACGAAGAGUCUGCUGCUGAACUCCAAAAACAUGUGAAGGUUGUGGAUAUGUUGAGGAUUCGUCCUAUUGUUGCAAACAGAAAAGCAAAGGAGAAGAGAGUUGAUGAUGAAGGUGAUCGUCCGGCUAAGAGGUUGAAAAUGUUUUUAAGGAGGAGCAACCGAGACCCAAAACAAAAUAAGAGUACAGAAAGUCCCUUCAAAGCGCCACUAAACGCAUCUCUAAUCACGACUCCUGAACCAAAUCCUAUGUUGGAUCCGUUUCAAUCACCAGGAUAUGAGCUGCUAUCAGCUUAUCAAGAUUGGGUGGAUAAUGACGAGACAGUAAGGAGACUAGAGAACCCAUCAACUCGUGUUAACGGACAGGAGGUAGACGCAGCAAUGAUGCUGUUCAAUGCUAAACGAGAGGAGCAUGCAGCUUAUUUCCACAACAAUCGAUUCCCAAGGGCUGCUUUCUGCAACUCAAUGUUCUUCAGUGAGCUGUUAGAUUUCCACAACAUUUUCAAGAAACCUCGGUGCAACAAACCUUUCCCUGAAAAUGUGAUUGAAGUUGUAAAGGGAAACAAGUAUCCAAACAAAAACUGGAAGAUGGAUGUUGAUUUCAUCUAUGGAAUGGUUAAACCCAAGGCUUCUCUACACUGGAUUGGUUUAGCGAUAGAUAUGAAGAAGAGGCGAGUUGAGUGUUUUAGCUGCAGACAUCCAAAAGAGCCAACGACAAGUAUUUUACAGAUCGUCAAUGAUAUCGCAGAGAUGAUCCCUGCACUACUUUGUGUUGCAGAAAACACAAAGCCAAUGCAGAAUCUCGUUCCAUUCCAAGUGGUAUAUGAGUUUGCGGAAACUGUUGCAAAGUCCAGCACAGUAUCCAACUGUGGCAUCUUUGUACUCAAGAUGAUUGAGUGCCACUCUGUGAAGAUUGAGGACUUUUCAACAAUUUGUGAUGAAGUUGUUCAAGAUAUGAUGAGCAAUCUGGUUUGGGAAAUCUUUGAUCAUUUUAAGAAAAAGUAG